AUGACGAACGUUAAAUUAAAAUUGAUGUUCUUUCUCCUGAAUUCACUGCUCACAGCAGAUGUGGUACAAGCACGCCCAUAUUCUGACAACGCAACGGAUAUAGUUAUAAAAUUUACCAACAGCAACAACACAUUCAAUAUACCAGUUGAACAAGAUUCUGAUACAUUAGUUGUAGCUAACGAUGACAAUCCUGAAGAGGUUAGCGAUAAUGUAGAUGAUUUAGCAUCUAUGAUGGAUGCUGAACAAGACAGAGAUGAAGUUAUGUCCGAAAUGCAAGACCAUAGCGUGUUAGCAGAAGAUGCGGCUACUGUUGAAAAGAGAAAGAACAUAUCAAAUCCCAGUUUGCAUGAGAUGAUAGAUUCUGAAACAGACAGAGAAGAAUCUAUAACGGAUUUAAUGUUUAGGCCCGAUUCAGAAUUAGUUGACGCGAUGCCGAGAUUUGAGUUUCUCAUAGCUGCGAAGAUAAAUGAGAGUGAUGUAAAUAGGACUGCUGGUGUGAAGGGGGAUAGCUUUGAUAAGAACGGACAUGACGUGCUGAGGAAGGCGGACUACGUAGAGCUGGUAGAGGUGCAGAUGCCGAAGUUGUCGGAGAACAAGAGCGCAUACAUGAUGAACAUUACGGGACACGAGGUUGAUAACGAUGUAGCGCCUGAUACAAGUGAGUCUCCAUUUCAGUUUGAGAUAACUUAA